AUAUACGCAGAAAACCAUCGUCAUGUCUUCUCUAUCUCGUCGUGCGUGCUUCAAGUGCGGAAACGUCGGCCACUACGCCGGUAAGCCAUACCCGCGCAUCUGCUCGGCGCGCGCUGCAGUCGCAUUGCCGGGACAUGCAUCGCGAACAUCGUCUCUUGAUGCGGUACCUGCAUCGCGUGACCCCGAGCAAUGUGGCAGCUUCCAUAAGGGAAAUGCGACUAACAUGGAUGCGCAGAGGUCUGCUCUUCGUCUGAGAGGCUCUGCUACAACUGCAAGCAGCCAGGCCACGAGUCCAACGGAUGCCCGCACCCGCGCACCACCGAGACCAAGCAGUGCUACCACUGCCAGGGUCUUGGACACGUCCAGGCUGACUGCCCAACUCUGCGCCUGAGCGGAGCCGGCACAAGCGGACGCUGCUACAGCUGCGGUAUCGCCGGCCACCUUGCUCGCAACUGCCCCAACCCUGGAAUGGGUCGCGGCGCCGGUGCUCCCCGUGGAGGGUACGGAGGAGGUUUCCGUGGCGGCUUCGCUGGCGGCGCUCGCCCGGCCACCUGCUACAAAUGCGGUGGACCUAACCACUUUGCCCGCGACUGCCAGGCCCAAGCCAUGAAGUGCUAUGCCUGCGGCAAGCUGGGCCACAUCUCCCGUGACUGCACUGCUCCCAACGGCGGCCCAUUGAACACUGCCGGCAAGACCUGCUACCGCUGCGGCGAGACCGGUCAUAUCUCCCGCGACUGCACACAGGCUGAGGUCAAUGGCGAUGCCCCCGUUGCUCCUGUCGCUGCUGCCCCCGUCCCGGCCGCUGCCCCCACC